ACUCACGAGUGGCGCUUGUGUCGAUUCGUUUUGUUGUCAUCUGCCACAUUCAUACUAAGUUGUUUUUAAUCCGAUUUUCAUUAGAAUUUUUUGUUUUAAUCUAUAAAGUACAAUUUUCUUUUAACAGAAACAUAAUGCAAUUAGUGGUGUGAUUUAAUAUUAACGAGUUUUAAUAAUAAGAAAACUAAACCAGUGUCCCUCAUAAAUUACAAAUUGAGGUUAACUUGUCAAAUACUUCUAAGUAAUAUGACAAUAUUGACUUAGUAAAUGGUGAUUAUCAGUGCCAUGGAAAGAAGAAUAAAAUUAAAAACUUUGAACAGUCAUAUUACUUGCAAAAUAUGUCGUGGUUAUUUAAUAGAUGCUACUACAGUUACCGAAUGUUUACACACAUUUUGCAAGAGUUGUUUGGUCAAACACUUGGAAGAAAAACAUACCUGUCCGACAUGUCAAAUAGUAAUACAUCAGUCACAUCCACUACAAUACAUCAGUUUCGACAGAACUAUGCAAGAUAUUGUUUACAAAUUAGUUCCAGAUCUCCAAGAAAAUGAAAUCAAAAGAGAAAGAGAAUUUUAUAGAGCAAGAGGUUUACCCUGUCCAAAGGAUAUUCUACCAAAUGCUGCUGAAGUGGAAGAAGAAAAAGCAACUGCGGAUGCCCAUGCAGAAUCAGAUUAUCACAGAGCAGACGAACAGGUAAACGUGUGCCUGGAAUGUAUAAAUGCUAGUUUGAAGACACUAAAACGAAGAUUCAUCAGAUGUUCCGCACAGGCUACAAUUACACACCUUAAAAAAUUCAUUGCCAAAAAGGUUCUUAGUGGCAUGGAGAAAUACAGAGACAUUGAUAUUUUGUGCAAUGAUGAGUUAUUAGGUAAGGAUCAUACUUUAAAGUUUGUAUAUGUGACAAGAUGGAGGUUCCGGGACCCACCCUUAAGAUUACAAUAUCGACCACGAAUAGAUAUUUAAAACUAUGUUUUUUAUAUAGAAAAGUUACGAAAAAUUCGUUAUGGAUCAAUUAUAUAUAUAUAUAUAUAUAUAUAUAUAUAUAUAUAUAUAUAUAUUGUUUUAUCAAUCCGUUGAUGCAUCAUUCAUUGCAAUAUUUAUGGAUUGUGUUUUUCACAGACAAUCUUACUUAUAGUUAAACUAUGUUGAUGCUCAACGAUAAUGGUACAAUUCUUUAUCGUUUUAAGAUCUCUAUUCGAUGAAUACCGAUUGCAUUUGUCAAUAUUAUGUCUUAUAUUUAAUUUUUCUAUUAGAUGUAUCUCGAAUUAGUUUUCACGUUUAUAAUUUCUACGUUAUUGAAAAUAUCAACGUUUCGAGGAAGCGAAUUUAUAUUAAAACUGAUAUAACCCUACAUUCUUAUUAGAUGUAACGCAAUAACAAUUGUUCAUAUACUGCAAUUAUUAUUUAAACCCAUAAAAUAAGUUUCUUUAUAAACUUUAAAAAUCAAUAACUCCACAAAAUUAUACAUUAUUCGUACAAUGUAUUUUACCUGUUGUUUGUUAUUGAUCAAUUGGUCAAUUGAUCAACGACACUGUUGCGUGACAUUUAAUUAGAACUUAGGGUAAUACAAAAAGUAAGAAUGAUCGCUGCAUUAAUUGAAAAAUUUCAUUAGCAUCAUGUGAUUUUAUAUUUUCUUAUGGACUGAGGUUGUUUGUAAUUUAAUCUUAAACAUUCGUCAUUUAUGUUUAUAUUCUUCUUUCUACUGCGAUUAUUUAUUUAGAAAAAUUAUUAAGUUUAAGCUUCUUUUUAUUAUAUUUUAUUUUUUUUUGUAUAGUUAUCGUCCUAUUAUAGUUAUCACCCGAGCCUACCACUUUCACGCAUCAAAUCAUAAUUUGACAUUUCUAUUUAAAAACACAUCAAUAUCAUUGUAGACAGUCUCUUUCUCGCUCUUACAAAUAUUAUCUUAUAUCUUACGAUGAGACUGUCAUUAAUCAUUCUACGUGUAAUUAAUAGAGUUUUAUUUGACUAUAAGUUUCACAUAGACUCAACUCAACACUACAAAUAAAAUAUUCUGACUGUAAAUAAAAUAUUUUUGACAAAAUUCUAUAUACAUUGCGCGCAUAGAUGCAGCUUUGUAUGAAGCAAACAAAAGUAUACAAAUUAGGAUCUAAUAUGCGUCUAGGUCCUGUUAACUUUCUAUUAUGCUUUAUGCAAUGCACAUAUUGUCGGAUUAAACACAUAUUUCCCUCGACAUAAAAAUAAAACUUGCAAUGAUAAUUUUAUCGAGGAACUAAAUAUUUUCAGAAAAAAAAAAAAAAGAUAAAAACUUUGUCGAGUGAAAUAUCGUGUUAAUAUCGACUUAUCUCUCAUAGUAGAUCAAAUCAUUUUUAUGAAACGAUAUUAAGAAAGAAAUGAAGGAAAAGAUUUAAAAAAAAGAAAAAAUACUAAAACGUGUGAUUGUAUAUAUAAGUAUUAGAAUGUUGAGAAGUGUAUUUUGCAAAGUAGCAGCAGCUGCGCUUAAAAGCGUUAGGGGCUUGUAUAUUGUACACUGUGUGUGUAUAUCUAUAAAUUAUUAAAUAAAUAUGUUUUGUACAGUACUGUACCAAUGAUCGCUGAUAUAUUUUCAACAUCCGUUGUUGGUAGAAUAAAGGGAAAAAACAGAAA